UCCCCCAAAAAAGCUCCAGCUCAUCCUGUCAACAGUUCAACUCCGCCAUUGCACGCACCAUGGCGAUAUUCGGCGCCUUCGGCAUCAUCAGGGUCAUGUGCCUCUUCCACCUCUCGGUGGCCUACUACCUGUUCACGGCGCCGCGCAUCAUCACGGACCAGAACUUCGUCCACCUGUUCGGAGAAGCAAUGGAGCUCCCCGAGCCCACCGGCUUCGCGAAACCGAGCUCCGCGACAGCUUUCGCCGCGGUCAUCCUGGCCAUCUUUGCCAUUUCCGACCUUCUCUCCUUGUCCGCUGAUGAGGAAGUUUCCUUUUCGUUCUGGUCCAACCAGCUCCCUAUCCGUCUUAUGAUCCUCUUUGGCCUUACCGGGUAUACAUACGUGUACAAGCCGGGUGGAAUUGGCGCUGCGGAGGGCAGCAAAUAUCAUCAUAAUGCUGGCGACCUCCUCAAGAACAGGCUGAUGUUUACUUGGGGCUUCUUCGAGAGCUCUAUGUUUUUCUGGGCAUACCUCAACAUUCGCCAGGAAAGGAGGGAGGUCGCUUUGCGCUUGGUUGAGAAGCGAAAGGCUGAGGCGGAGCAGCUGGGGCUUUAACUGAAUAGAUAAUGUUGGCCUAGAUUUUGAAUCACGUUUGGCUACGUAUCCAACUAUUCAGAACCCGACCUCUGGUGACCCCUUGCGGCCUUUGCCUGCCCAUUGACCAAAUCGGCACGCAAAGUGGCAGGAGCCAGUCUGACUUUCCAUCGCGGGUUGAGAAGGGGUUUCCGCGCUCGGGUUGAUGUAGCAACUUGGCCAGACUCUCGUCAUCUAACCGUAUUCUCAGUGGCCAUACAGACUGCCUAUAGAUACAUACUAUGGUCGAGUUGUACUCGUCCGGUGUGAAGAGUUGGUGAUAGUACGAACAUAGACACGC